CACUUGCUUACUGUCUCUCCCUCUCUCUUGCUCUGUCUCUCCCUUGCUCACUUUCUCUCUCUCUCUCUCUCUCUCUCUCUCUCUCUCUCCUCCCUGUGCUUGGGUGAGCUCCCUGGCAGUGCUCGUCUGCCGCUGUGGGAUCGGUGAGCCGGGUUUUAGCCCAGCGGAUACGCCCGAGCGCGCUCCGUCUCCGGGAUACCGAGCGGCGGCGGGGGGAGAGCCAUGCCGUCCUGCCGCGCGGUCUGAGCGCCGCCGCGGCGCAGCCCAGCCGUGAGAGUCCACCGCACGAUGUCUGUCUCACAGCCAGACGAGACUGAGCAUGUGUUUGAUUUGAACGAAGCCAUUCCUGAGACUGAGCUACUGGACAGCAGUCUUCAAAAGGCCCGGGCGCAGCUGUCCGUCAAAGCGAGAAGGCACCGCCCAUCUCGCUCGCGGCUCCGCGACAGCGUCAGCUCCACGGAGGGAGAGGAGAGUCUGGAAAGAAAGUCACUAGACAGCUAUGGCAGCCCUCUGCACAGCGCCCGCUCACCCCUCCACUCGACCCUGCGGGGAUCCUCGCCCUCCCCGGACUCUCUGCUCUCCUCCUCGCCCGUGCCGAGGGGCCCCGCCUUCACCUUCGACGCCGCCCUGGUGCGCCGCGCCCCGGGGGAGGGCGAGGCGGCGUCGCCCGCGCCCAAAGGACGCUAUAAACAGCUCACCAACACCUCGUCCCAGGAGGCCCUGUGCUCCAGCCCGACCAGCUCCCCGUCGAGGUCCUGCCCCAGCUCCGACGGCUCGCCGCUCUACGCCCGCCAGGAGCGCCGCCCCGAGGGCGAAGGUCAGGACGACGCCCAUGACAGAAGCCUGGUAGAGCCAGACAGCCCAACAGUUAUCCUGGAUAAGAAGACUAAGAGGAGAUUCCUUGAUCUGGGGGUCACCCUACGACGCUCUUAUGGAAAAGUCCGGAAGGAGAAGUCCAACAGGCUAUCAGUGGGAAACCGGGAGCCCUCGGAGAGCCCGUCCCGGUCCUCGGGGCCCCCCUUCGUGCCUUUCUCCUGGUUCAGCGACAGCGCCCGGGGCUCCGCCUCCUCCUGCAGCACCGCUUCCUUCUCCCCGAAGGGGGCCUCCCAGAGCCACAGCCCCCGCAAGUCCAGCUCCCAGGACUCCACUCUCAGUGAUGAGGUCUGCCCCCGGAGCCCUCGCGUGUCCAGCGGCUCAGUGGAAGAGUCCCGGUCCUCGCACCCGUACAAGACCCUGUCCCAGUCUUCAGACGAACUCCUGGACGAGCCCCUGUGCUUGGUGUCGACCUGGAGCACGCAGCAGGUGUGCCAGUGGCUGAAGGGCUUGAAUAUGGAGCAGUACAUCCCAGAAUUCACUGCCAGAGACAUCGACGGGGAGCAGCUGCUGCAGAUGGAUGGGAGUAAGCUGAAGGGCCUGGGUGUGAGCAACUCAUCAGACCGCAGCGCUCUGAAACGCCGCCUGAAGGACAUGCACGCCGCCGCCGAGAAGGAGCGCAAGGCCCAGGAGAAGCUGGAGAAACAGAAGGAGAAGCAGCGCAAGAAAGAGCAGGAGCAGCGCAAGAGCUAGAAAGGCCACUAGAGGGCUCUACACA